ACUAUAUUUAGUCAAGAUUUAAUUGUAAUAUUGAUCAUUUAAUACCAUGAACUUGCAUAAACUGGAAAUGACAAAUUCUGAAAUACAUGGGCACAUUUUUAAAGGGCUCUGAUGAAUCACCUGAGUUUUGCAAUACUAACUACAAUACCUCUUAUUUCUGCCCAGGUACCACUGAUCAAUGCAGCAGGGCAGUAUAGUGAAUAUGCUUACACCAAGGUUAAAGUGAUGGAAAAACCACCAGGUCCUCCGGAGCCCAUUACAUCUGCCCGAGGAGCCAGACAACUAAACCUGACCAUCAACUUUCCUUCUGAUCCUGGUGGAAUACUUCAGAACUGUAGCUUGUCUCUCAGUGACACCAGCCAUGACUCCUGCUUCAGACCUGUCAACCAAGGAACUCCACUCAGUCCCUGCACGUUUGGGAAGCUGGAGCCAGGAAAGCGCUACCAGGCUGAGACAUAUUGUUGCAAUUCCAUGUUUUGUGGGAAGAAGCUGAGACAGGAAGUGGGCACAUUGCCAAUGGAGCCAGAGUUUUCAGGUGAUCCAACUAUUCUAAAAAAGACGAACACAACGAUCACUCUCGGCUUGCCUUCCUUGAUCACUUCUGGUGAUGGUAAUAAGUCUGUGUUUGUGGUGGUUCAAAAGGCAGCCCAUAACACAACAAAUAUAACAGAAGAUAUAUUGAAGUUGCUUCAAAUGAAUAGAUGGCAGGAUGAUCAAAAUGGGCAUGACGCCAGACGUAUCCACACCCGUCAAACAAACCCGAACCAACAGUGUCAACAGUCUCUGUGGAUUGCUGGUCUGGUGAAUGAGGGUGAAAUGAAGUUUGAAAUAGGUGAUGGCCGCACCUACAAUAACUACUACAACUGUCCACUGGAGUACCAGCAUGAAUAUUAUAUAGGAAUAAUGGCAACAAUGGAGCUACUAGGUGUGAGCAGUUACAAAUGGUUAAAACUACUAGAAGGUGUGGUGGCCGAGCCCUGGGAACCUGAAACAGCCCUCUGGUGGCUGCUCUUGGUAGUCCUCCUCAUCCUUGUCAUUAUCGCUGUUAUAUACUUUAGGCAUCACAAGAGUGCUGGGAAGCCGUGGUCAUUUGUCACAUUUAACAAAGGCAGCAGCAACCAAGCUUUGCAUGACAAAAAAGAUUUUGUAGUUGAAAACCAUAGCUCACUUGCGUCUGCAGAACAAAUUACAGCGAAAACUGCAAUUCCCACCCCAUAUGCAGACCCAAUACUAGUCUCAAACAAAGCUCAAGUCAAGACUCCUGCUAUACUUCCACAAUCUCAAGUCAAGACUCCUGCUAACCUGCCGCAGAUCAAUGGUGAGGUUGUAACAAGUGAUCCUACCUACGAGAACUUCAGCACAGAAGAUAUCUAUGAAAAUGUCACGAGGCGUAUUCCCUAUGCAGAAGUUGAAGCUUACCUUAAUAGAAUUAUCAAGGCUUAUGAAACCUCGGAGGAAUUUAGGAGUGUUCCGGACAACUUCAACAAGAGCUCUGAUGUAGGACAACUUCCAGAAAACAAGCCUAAAAAUCGCUUCAGGAAUAACCUCCCGUAUGACGACACGAGGGUCUUGCUCUCAAUCAUUAAUGAUGAUCCCUAUUCUGACUACAUCAAUGCCAACCAUGUCUCUGGAUAUGGUGGUAUGCGCUACAUUGCUGCACAAGGUCCCAAGGAUGUGAAAGUGCCUACUAUUGUUGACUUUUGGAGGAUGAUCAUAGAGCACGACAUUAACGCCAUCAUUAUGGUUGCCAACUUCGUUGAGGGGGGCAAGAGUAAGGUUGGAGAGUACCUAAAUCCAGGAGCCACCCUAGACUUUGAUGGCUACCUUGUCUCCGUCCUCCAUAGAGAACAGUUUCCACACUUCAAUGUGUCAUCGGUACAGGUUUCAACAGGUGGGUUGAGCCAUAGUGUGCAGCACUACCAUUACACUAGCUGGCCAGAUCAUGGUAUCCCAGAUGAAGCUGGCUCGAUGGCUCAGAUGCUCCGACACUAUCAAAACAGACACAGUGAAGGUGGCACGAUUGUUCACUGUUCAGCUGGGAUUGGCCGAACUGGUACAGUUCUCCAAGUUCUUCUCAUGUUUGAAAUGCUUGCUGUUGAAGGAAGCUUUGAUCCUCUCGAAGUGCUCAAGCACCUUAGGAACUGUCGGGCACGACUAGUUGAAAACCAAGCACAAUACAACCUUAGCCUGCAGAUCCUUGAUGAGAUUCUCUUUGGUGAAAAAACCAUUGUAGCUGCAGAACAUCUUCAGAAUUCUCUAGACAGUUAUCUGAGUAACUGCAAAGCUCAGUUAAGGAAUAUAAAAGCCUUACCAUCCCCACUCUCAUAUAAAAGUUCUUCUAAUCCGAGCUUUGAGUCAAUGAAUCGUAACAAUACAAUAUUGCCAGCAGACUCCCAACGAAUAUACCUACAAAUGGAAAAUGGAGAGCCAGAGUCACAGUAUAUUAAUGCGGUGAAGGUUGCAGGUCUGAUGCACACUGAAGCACUACUAGUCACAGAACACCCCAUGCCUAUCACACUCUCCAAAUUCUGGAGAAUGGUUGUGGAGAAGGGCUCUUCUCUUGUAAUACUCAUCAAUCAAUUUGACGAGCAAAGCAAGGAUGAGUUCCCUGAUUUAAUGCCUUAUGUGGGAGGCAUGUGGACCCUUGGAGAGUACACCAUCCAUGCGCACCAAGCUCAGCCCUAUGGAAAUUCACUCAUGCAGUACACAGUACAAAUUCAAAACUCAAAGAACUUACUCCAUAAUGUGCAAGUGUAUCAGGUGCUCUCGUGGCAGUAUGGUCAAGAUGUGCCGCCUGUGCCAGACGUCUUGCUCAAAUUGGCUGAAUUAUUACUACAGAACCCUAGUAGUACUCGGAUUGGUCCACCUAUUUUGUGCUGUGGUGACGGUGUGACAGGAUGUGGACUAGUGGCUGCCAUGACUUUGGUGGUUGAGCGACUGCAGAAUGAACAGCGCGUGGAUGUCUACAGAACAGUUGUGAAACUAUUAAGGAGUAGGCCUCAAUUUAUCACUUCUGAGGUCCAGUUUGCGCUCCUGUACAGUGGAGCCGCCACAUAUAUAGAGAAUUACUCCACCUAUGGAAAUUUCUUUUAAAAAAAAAUUAAUUAUACAAGUUAAUUUUUACCAAGAGGAGACAAGUCACAUCACUGGAUAAUAUCAAAGAAUUAAUAGCCCUAUAUGAAGAUUUAUGACAAUACUGUACUAAGUUUAACAAGCCAAGUGGCACACAAAGAACACGUGCAGCCAGAUGGUGAUUUAGGUGUUGGUUGGGUAGAUGUAUCGACAUGGUUGGAAAUGCAAUAAUAAUCCUGUUUAAGAAAAUAACAAUCAUGGAUAAGCAGCAAUUUAAAAUGAAAUGUCUUGUAAAAACUUGAGUCUAAAAGUGAGCCGGAGAGCCUCGGUGAAUUGGAAACUAAAAUUGUGGUUACUCAUUUUUUUUCGUACCCAAAACAAUAGGGAAUAAAUAUACACUAAAUAAAAUAAAUGAACAUUUAA